AUGGUCACAGCCCUAAUACCUAACUUGAUUCAGAAAUAUUCCAGGAAACAAAAAUCAAAACUUCCCCCAGGUCCCAAACCAUGGCCUAUAGUGGGCAACCUUCCUGAAAUGCUCUCAAACAAACCUGCCCAUCAGUGGAUACACAACCUCAUGAAAGAAAUGAACACAGAAAUUGCAUGUAUCCGCCUAGGAAAUACGUAUGUUAUCCCAGUGAUAUGUCCCACCAUUGCCAGAGUGUUUUUGAGAGAACAAGAUGCAAUUUUUGCGUCGAGAUCACUAACCACAUGCACUGAUCUCGUUAGUAGCGGAUACUUAACCACAAUUUUAGUGCCCUUUGGGGACCAAUGGAAGAAAAUGAAGAAAACCUUAAGCAAUGCUUUGCUUUCCUCGCACCAGCUCCUAAGGUUCCAUGACAAAAGGAAUGAAGAAGCUGACAACCUUAUGUUUUACGUCUACAACAAAUGCAAAAACGUUAACGAUGGUGUCGGUGGCCUUGUGAAUAUUAGGAGUGUUGCAAGGCAUUAUAGUGGCAACGUCAUCAGGAAACUUGUUUUCAAUACAAGGUAUUUUGGGAAGGGUAUGAAGGAUGGAGAGCCUGGUUUUGAGGAAGUAGAACAUGUUGAUUCCAUAUUCGUUUUACUUAGGUAUCUUUAUGCCUUUUCUGUUUCUGAUUAUAUGCCAUGCUUGAGGGGACUUGACUUGGAUGGCCAUCAGAAGAAGGUGAAAGAAGCUUUGAGAGUCAUCAAGAAAUAUCAUGAUCCCAUCGUGGAAGAAAGAAUUAAACAAUGGAAUGAUACACCAAAGGUUGAUGAAGAGGACUGGCUUGAUAUUCUGAUCUCCUUGAAAGAUGCCAACAAUAAACCGUCAUUGACGUUGGAAGAAAUCAAUGCACAAAUUAUAGACUUAUUGAUUGCAACAGUAGACAAUCCAUCAAAUGCUUUUGAAUGGGCACUUGCUGAAAUGAUAAACCAACCUAAGUUGCUCCAACGAGCCACUGAAGAAUUGGACAGUGUGGUGGGAAAAGAGAGGUUGGUGCAAGAAUCAGACGUACCAAAGCUCAACUAUGUAAAGGCAUGUGCAAGAGAAGCUUUUCGCCUUCAUCCCAUGGCACCUUUUAAUCCUCCCCAUGUCUCUCUGAGUGACACAACUGUGGGAAAUUACUUCAUCCCAAAGGGUAGCCAUGUAAUACUAAGUAGAAAAGAACUUGGAAGAAACCCAAAAGUUUGGAAUGAACCCCACAAGUUUAAACCAGAACGUCAUCUCAAUGUGUCUAAUGUAGUUUUGACAGAGCCAAAUUUGAGGUUCAUAUCAUUUAGCACAGGAAUGCGUAGUUGUCCCGGAGUUAUGCUUGGCACCACAAUGACCGUGAUGCUGUUUGCUAGGUUGCUGCAUGGCUUCACUUGGAGUGCACCAUCCAAUGUUUCAACAAUAAACCUAACUGAGUCCAAAGAUGAUAUCUCUCUUGCAGAGCCUCUUGUGGAGGUUGCUAAGCCAAGAUUAGCACCACAACUAUAUCAACUUUAA